AUGACUUAAGUUUCAUCUACUAGAUUUUCACUACCAAGGAUUGGAGAAAAUGAUCCUAGAUCUAAAUAGGUUCCUAAUACAAGAUAAAUGAGACCUUCCCUUUUUCUCAAUUAAAUAGACAUAGUUCCUAAUUCUAUAAAAACUGAGGCAUAAGCUACAGAAAUAAGUAUUUGCAAACCAAUUCAUACUGAAAUUGAAAGUGAUCCAUUAAUAGAAAUAUCUUAUCAUGUUAAACUUCCAAAAUUGGGCAACUCAAGAGCAUAAAACUUAUAACAAUCACUACCUGAUUUGCCUCUUGUUUAUAGGGAAUCUAGAAAUGGUUCUCCUAUUGAAUACUAGAGACCAGCAAAAAGAACUAGAUUGUUUUUGAGAAGAUAAGAGUCAAAAAUAGAUACUCCAGUAAUUAAAUUUCAAAGGAGGAGAGUGGAGUUUAAGAAGUCUUUAAUAGUGAUAGAUUUAGAGACUGGUGUCUAAGAAAGAUAGGAAUUGAAUGAAGUAAAGAAGCCAUUAAGAAGGAUUGUACACUAAAAGACAAGAUCUUAUUAAAAAAGAUAAGAUUGA